AUGCUUAUCAGCAUGCUGGACCACCAGCUGAAGGGUGGAGACUACAGCAGUGCUCUUCUCAGCGCACUCGCAGUGAUAGGCAUUGCUGAGGAUAGCGGCUGGGUUCAGAUCACAGACUACACGACGAAGUACUCAGCUGUAGUUAAGGUGGCGCGCAUGCUGGUGAUCCAUCAGGCAUACACCAAACGUCGUGAUGAGGUUGCUAAGCUGGAAAUAUCUCUAGGGAAGGAUGAAGCAGAGGACGUAGCGCAGAGUUUGUUCCAGCACACGCAGGCGAAGGUACAGCAGUUUAUAACGCAGACGACAGGCGAUAAGGAUGCAGAGCUGACACUGAUAGACUGGAUUCUCAAGACGCAGACGUAUAGAAUGCAUAUCUAA